UGUCACAGUUUUUCUACAGAGAGGGGAAAAAUAAAAGACCAUAUUUGACAAAAGUUCAAACAAAAAGAUGAAUCCAUCAUUCUCAUUACCCUCCUUCUUCAUUGUUUUUCUUGUUCUCAACUUUCAUAAUGUAAAUGGUGAUUUAAUUAAGGAUGUAUGCAAGAAUGCUUCCAAAACACGCCUCCAGUCAAAGAGUUCAAAGUUGAAUAUGAUUUCUGUGUCGCAUCUCUGAUGGCAAACCCUAAGAGUAAAGAUGCUGAUCUUCGGGGACUCGGAGUAAUAUCAAUGCAACAUGUCUACAAAAUGCAACUUCUGUUCAUUCUUAUAUCGGAAGUUCUUCUUGGUCUCGCUUUGCCUUCUCCAUUGACCAAACAAAAUGGCGAUUUCUUCCAGCUGACUGGAAUUUCUCUUGCCAUUACUAAUAUGAUAAAAUAAUCUAUUUAUUUCAUGCACUUGAUAUGGUGUAUUGCGUAUUGAGUUUAUU